UCAAAAUGUGUCAACAUUGAAGAACUCGAACAGUGAUACCAUAAUCAACACUUGGCGCUUUCAUUCAUCUUCAAAUCAAAAUUACUUUAUAUCAAUAUGGCGGAUAAAUCGGAAAGGUCGCAAGAUGCUAAUAAUCUGUCGAGGUCGCAAGUCAAAGUCAAGGAUGAGCCGAUGGAUUUGGACUUGCCGGAUGAGGACGACGUGCCGCCAGCGUUUGGGCCUGCAGCACUCGGCCUUCACAGGGUGGGAACAAAGUUACCGCCAAAACCAGCGCCCAGCGAACCAGUGCAAAAACUCAAUGCAAGAGGAAUGCCUGCGCGCAUCAGAAAGAAAAAUAGAUUUAUCUUUGUUGACGAUUUUGUGAAUACCUCUCCUCCCAGGCAGUCACCAAAGCGAAUUCCAAAGAUAUUGUCUAAAACACCUAACAAACAAUCAAGUGCUAAAAAACAGAAAUCCCCCUCAAAAGUGCAAAGAAACCAUGACAAGUAUGAUGAUAAAAUAGACACUGUGAACAGUCAGUCACCAGACCGCAAAUCAGGGCAAAGGAUUGGCAUGAGGUUGAGAAACCUCCUUAAACUUCCUAAAGCCCACAAAUGGGUAUGUUUUGAAUACUUUUACAGCAACAUCGACAAAGCUUUGUUUGACGGUGAGAAUGAUUUCAUGAUCUGUCUCAAAGAAUCAUUUCCUCAGUUGGCCAAUCAUAAGCUCACUCAGGUUCAGUGGGCUAAAAUCAGGAGAAUGAUGGGCAAGCCUCGCAGAUGUUCCCAAGCAUUUUUUGCUGAAGAACGUAAGGAAUUAGAAAGGAAGAGGAAAUUAAUAAGAUAUAUUCAACAGAGGAAAAGUGCUGACAUAUGUAUCAAAGAUUUGCCGAAUGAAAUUCCUAUGCAAUUAGUGGUGGGAACUAAAGUAACAGCACGGCUGCGCAAACCUCAGGAUGGACUUUUUACUGGAUGCAUAGAUGCUGUUGACACCUCUAAUAACACAUACAGGAUUACGUUUGAGAGACCAAAGUUAGGCACUCAUUCUGUUCCCGACUAUGAGGUUUUGUCCAAUGAGCCACCUGACACAAUAUGUCUGUCCAGUAUAACACAGAAGUUUAGACCAAGAUAUGUCAUGCAAGAGAUAAUCAAUUUGUACAAUCCUUCAGUACAAAAUAACAACACGCAAGGAGAUCCUAUGAUUGGAUGCUCAGAUAUAACCAAACAGUUGGACACUAUUGGCAGCUAUCCAUUCCCGCUCCUGGAACUAAUUGUCAAGUUGACCAAAGUGUUGCAGGCCAAGAAGGUCAAAAUUAACAGACUAAAAGAAUAUAACUGUGAAGCAGAGAAGAGAAAAUCAUUUGGGCAAAAAAUGCCUGAAGACUUUGAAAGGAAAUAUGCUGCAGUUGUUAUUGAUUUAGAAAGAAUGAACAUGGAUUUGCAAGAAUAUAUAGAUGAAGUGCAAACAUAUUGCCACCAGAUUGCUCCAGGGCCGAGCCUAGCUGCAAUGUUGGCACCCUCACACUUGCGGGAAAAAUGCAGGGAGGAGGCUGCAAUAUUAGUAGAGAAGAACCAUAAUGGGUCAGUCAAGGAUGCCACAUUGAUUGAACUUGUAACAGACCUCACUGCUUUGAUGUUGCAAGUCAAAAGUCUAUCGGAUUCUGAUCAAAAUGCUUAUGAAUUGUGUGUGCUGCAAGGAACCAUGGACCGGAUAAAAAUGAAACUGGAGCCACGACAUCAAAGGCAAUUCCAAAACAAUGUAGAAAUACACAUGCAAAGGAUUCAGAUGGGAUUAGGACAAAUGACAUCUAACAGUUAUGUUAUUGGGUAAUUACACUCCACCAUUUGUGCAAAAUACAUAAUUAUAAUCAUCAGCAAUUUCAAGAGAUGGCAAGUGAGGCAAUGUCAAUUUUCUAUGUAAAUGUUUAUAAUGACACUCACUCACUUUGCUCUUCGUUCAAGUCGAUGCAGUUAGCUUAGGGACUAAAGAAAUUUAAGUUGCUAUCUUGAAAGCUACCUUAUGUCAUUUAUAAUCUAAACAACAAUAAUAUUAAACCAUUUUAAUAUCAACAGACUUUCCGAGAUUUUGACAUACUAUUUAUGAAAUGAACUUCAAUAGUUAAUUUAUGUGCAAAAUUUUAUAUUUUAUUGAAUAAGAGUAGCUCAUGUAAAAAUAAUAAAUAUUGUAUCCCAAUGUUGAUCAUUGCUGAUAACUCUGCCGUGGCUUGGCCGCGUGGCCUUAUUUUGGUGUCAGUCAAUAAUAUGCUAUUUUUUGAUGAUUUCUUUUAAUCAAUAACAAUACCUAUUACAAUGUGUAUAAUUAUUUAUACCUUGAUUUGUAGCUUAUCUCUAGCUUAUGUUUAUGCGCUGUAAAUUUCUUAUAAAAGAAAAUGUAUAUAAAAUAUUAUAAAAAGCAAUUGACCACAUUUAAUUACACUUUUACUUCUACUCAACCUCAUUAAGGGCGGUAUUCCAUCUGUCCGAUGUCAGUACGUCUCACUCUCUCAUUAAAGCAAAAUGUGAUAUGCAAUAAAUAUUGGAAAUUGGACAAAGAAAUUGUAUAGGGGGAAUUCCACCCUAAAAUAAAUACAAGUCAUGCUCCUGAUCAUGAUCCUUACUGCUACCAUUACUUAUUGGAUCACUUAUUGAAAAGUAUUAGGGUUUCUAAAUGUGUCCUCUAGUUCAGUAUAGGUACGGGUACAUCUUGGUCAAGCAAAUCUAGUCAGUAGAAAAAAGCGCGAAAUUUAAUUUUUUUAUGGGACGAUUUAACCCUACGCGCCUACAUUUCUUAAAUUUGCCGCCUUUUUCUACUGACAAGAUUUGCUUGACCAUCUACAAUGUAUACCUAUCUUAAAAUUCAAAUUUCAACUGCCACAAAUCUGCUAUAGUGAUGACCAAAUACCAAUAGACAGGGUUCCAAUGACCGGGAGUACCCUCUAUGCUGAGCUUGUAUGGCGAGAACCGGGAAUUCCUAGUUCUUAGUUUUCUCCCUAGUUCCCACCUAUUUAUCACCAUUCAAGAUGCAUUUAACUUUAUUACAAAGCAAUAAUGAUGACAAUCCUGCAACGCUUGGUGCCCACUUAGGGUGCCAUUGUGUGUUUUACCACUUUUACCUAACUUUAACUACGCGGCUAAGGGUGGUAUUCCCAGGGUCGUUUUAAACUAAGUAUGCUGGGGCCAUUGGGAACAUAAGAAUUUGGGGCCUUUUUGGAA